ACUGAUUCUGAGAAUCUGAGCUCCUCUGUCAAUCAUCAUUGACUGAGCUUAAAUUCUUACAAAAGAUGCCAAUAGCAGCGUUUCUAACACAUGGCGCCUCCUUACUGCCUCCAAAACCUAUUCGUAAACACAUAAGAAAUACAAGCUCUUUCAGUAGCCCUCAUCGAUCGUUUCCGAAGGAGGGUCGGAGAUCCAUUCCGCAACUCUUCAACUGCAGCGGAACGUUUCGGAUUAGAAGCUUCCAGCCUCGAGUUUCAAGAAAUGUUGAUGCUUCAACAUCUGGAAAUACUACUAACGGGCAAGAUGCACCCACUGAUGAAGUACUUGGAGAUUGGAAAACUGAAACCAGUAGUCCAGGGAGUUCAUUCCUAGCAAAAUUAGCAAUUGCUUUGGGCAUAGCUGCAACAAUCACAGUAAUAUCUGUUGGCUUCAAGUGGCCUACUCUGGGACCAUCUCUGGUCGACAAUGCAUCAACUUCUGUUGGCUUCAGUUUCAAAGUUUUUGGACAGAGAGUUGUACUGCCUGAAUAUGCACCAGGGUGGAUCUACUUUUGGUUGCUCAUGGCUGCUGGUUGUGGACUUUUCAUUAGUGAAGAGGCUCUAAAUAUUUGGGUAGGCAUAUCGUUGGCUCGGAUGCUAUCUUUGGAUGGAACUUGGACGUCAUUUGCUGAAUCUUUCUCAAGGAAUGCUCCCUACAUAAUAUCCACAAUUCUGUGGGUUUAUUGGGGUGUUUGUAUCAGUGAUAUGGUACCGUUUUACCUGGGGAAGCUUUUUACGAAGUCAGGGGCAUCUGAUGACAUUUGCUCUAAGGUAGGGAUUGGCAAAGAGAAGGCGUUGAGCAUUACUCAGGUUGUCCAAAGAUAUGGUAAUCUCAUUGGUUUUGUGGAACGGUUUUCUCUUGGAGUGAGGAAUCCAACAUCUUUUCUAGCAGGAGCACUGGGGAUAUCUUCAGAGUGUUUUUUUGCUGGCGUUUGUUUUGGAGGCUUGAUCACUCUUCCUAUUCAGUUGGGGAUUGGAUUCUUGUUGAGAGAGCACCCUGUGGUGGCCAUUGCUAGUGUUGCUACAGCUGUGGGUGUUUGGACUGUAUUUCCAUAUGCUAUGGCUGCUUUGACUGCAUUGUUCCUUUUCUUGCGCCAACGCUACUUCAGCCAAUCUGGUUCAGACUUUGUUGAUCAGUUAUGGAAUCCACAACAGAAUAUGGGAAAUUAGUCAAAGCUCCUUGAGGUACUGGAAUACAUUCUUUAUGGAGUUCAUUGAAGUACCAUUACUAUCUCCCCCUCCUCCUCCUAUCAUAGGAAAAGUGGACAGCAUAAUGAAUGUGAGUUGUACAAAUUCCUAUUAGGUUAGUUUUACUUGGUGUCCACUAGCAAGGUUAAUUGGUCUUACCAUGGAUAUGUCUUGAGUGGAUGUGCCUCUGAUGUUUAGGAAGAUUGGUGAGAUUAAUCUCUGUAAGAUUUAUAAACUGAAGUGCCCAGUUGUAGUUA